AGCUCAGGAUGGCGAGUGAGAGGCUGAGCAGCGCUCAGGACCUGCUGGAUCUGACCUUCCAGUCCCUGGCCAUGCAGCACAUGGACCUGAAGCAGGUUGAGCUGGACUCAGCUGUGGCCAAAGUGGAUGAAUUGUCCCGACAGCUCGAAUCCCUUUGGAGUGACAGCCCUGGGCCCCCCAAGGAGCAGUUUAGGACCCUCAGCCCCAGGAGCCUGCUACUGGACCCCCCUGAUUUUUUGGGGGAGACUUUGGGGGUCCCCAAUUCUCCUCGUGGCCCCCCCCAGGAUCGGGCCCCAUCCCCCAGACCCAAAGUCUUGGCAGUGCCCUAUGAAGGGUUGGCACUGCCAAGCCCUGGCGGGGGGGGCACAGGGGCAGGAGGGGGGGGUCGAGCCCCCUCCCCACGUCUCCAUCGACCUUAUGAGCUGUUGGGGUUCGGGGGGGGGUCCCCUCGAAUUGGGGAGGGGGUUUGUGCCCCCCCUGCACCUCCCCCCUAUGAGCUGCAGGGGCUGUACCCCACCAUCUGGGCACAGGACGAUUCAGUGCUCAAGCGGCGGCCCCAGAAGAGCUGGAACGAGUCUGACCUGGACGUGGCUUAUGAGAAGAAACCCCCCAACUCGGGGGGCUACGAGCGUACCACCGAGGGGCAACCAGGGGCACGACCCCCCCCCUUGAGCUUGGCUCUGGCACCUUGGAGGGAAUCGAGCUUGGAUGGGCACAAGGAUGGCACCUACGGGGGUGGGCACAGCGCCACCCUCCCUCGGAACUACAAAGUGUCGCCCCUGGCGGGGGGGGGGAGGGGGGGGGGAGGCCCUUUCCGCCGCUCAGCGCCCACCCCCCCGGGGGCCCGGGGCUGGCCCCAGUCCCAGCAGCCCGUGUCCCGCAUCCCCGUGCCCCCCCCCGCCGGGAGACCCCCCCCCCGCCACAAGCCUUUGCCCCUCUCCGUCAUCUUCAAGCUGCAAAACGCCUUCUGGGAGCAGGGGGGGUGGGGGGGGGAAGGGGGGGCUGGGGGGGGGUUUCGGGGGCUCCCCCUUGGCCCCUCCCCCUCUCCGUCCCCCCCACCUUCAGCCGCCUCUCGGGGACCCCAAAAGCUGCCGCCGCUGCCCCAGGGGCCGCCCCCGGCGCUGCCAGGGGAAGCCCCUUCCCGAGCCGACCCCUCCCCAGGCGAUGCCGAACCGGAGCUGGAGCGUUUCCUCCAGGGGGGGGGUCUCGAAGGCGACCCCCUGAGCCGCCCGCUGAGCCCCACCCGGCUCCAGCCCGUCCUGCCCCCCGAAGCGCAGCGAGACCCCGAGUUCGGGGAGGUCGCUCGUGUGUUGGCUCAGAUGCCGCGACCCCUCAAGCGCCGGGGCUCGAUGGAACAGAGCCCGGGAGCUCUGGUGCCGCCCCCCCGCUCCCGCCAGUACCGGCAGCUCAUCAGCCGCCUCCUGCACCGGGCCCCCGCCCCCCGCGGCCCCCUCCCCGGCUUCCUCCCCUUCCCCUCCUCCUCCUCCUCCUCCUCCUCCUCACCCCCCGGGGAUGCGCCCGAGGCACCGACCCCAGCGCCGCCGACCCCUGAGCCCCUGUCCCCGUGCCCUGUGCCCCAGGAGCUGCGCUCUGCCCUGCGGGACCCCUCGUGCCCCCGGCGCCGGGCGGCCGGUGCCCACGUGCGCCUGGACCCGCUGGUGCUGCUGCUGGACGCGGCGCUGAGCGGGGAGCUGGACGUGGUGCAGCAGGCUGUGGCUGAGCUGCAGGACCCCAGCCAGCCCAACGAGGAGGGCAUCACUGCCCUGCACAAUGCCAUCUGUGGCGCCAACCACCACGUGGUGCAGUUCCUCAUCGCCAGCGGCGCCGACGUCAACUCCCCCGACAGCCACGGCUGGACCCCCCUGCACUGCGCAGCCUCGUGCAAUGACACCAGUGUGUGCGUGGCCCUGGUGCGCCACGGCGCCGCCGUGUUCGCCAGCACGGGCAGCGACGGCAGCCUGGCACUGGACAAGUGUGACCCCUACCGGGACGGCUACGUCGACUGCUACAGCUACCUCAGCGAGGUGGAGCAGAGCAUGGGGGUGCAGAACAGCGGCGUGGUUUACGCUCUCUGGGACUACAGCGCUGCCCUGGGGGACGAGUUGUCCUUCCGUGAGGGCGAGGCCGUGACCGUCCUGCGGCGGCAGCACCGCGACGAGCUCGACUGGUGGUGGGGGUCCCUCUACGGCCACGAGGGGCUGGUGCCCAGGAACUACUUUGGGCUCUUCCCCAGGGUGAGGCCACAGAGGAAGAAAGAGUGAGGGGGGGUCCCUGCACAGACCCCCCCAAAGGAGACAUCGGGGGGCACCCCCUCAGCCGCCCCCACCCCCCAAAAGUGGCACCGGGGUGCCCCCUCCCCCCCCUUUGCCCCUCCCCCCAUGGUGGUGGGUUCCU